AAUAGAAAGAUCUUUGAGAGCAGUAGAGAUUAAUUUGCAAGUUGAGUCUUGAUGUAUGAUGAAUUGGUUGGGAAGCAUUGACGCCUUAUUAGAAACAGAAUGGAUGUCUUUGCAUCUUCUUCACUACAGUUUUCUGGGAUGUUGCAAGUAUAGAAGAGGUGAUUUAUGCACGGAAUCCUGGGUUGAUAGUAAUGACGGGUUAAGCAGACAAGGUAUUGAAGACAGCAAUCUGGAAGAUGGUAUCUGCAUGCCAAUCUGCGAAAAAGGUGUAGAUGCUAAGAUGGUGAAACCGAGUUUGUCGGCCAUUUCCAUUUUACUAGUUGACUCUCUUGUUUGCCAAAACAAAAGUUUUGCGAAAAGGAGGGGGGUUAUAGAUUCAGACCUGUUGCGCUGUGUGGUUGUUAGAAGGCGAAAAUUAUUUGCAUAAUUCUGAGAACAAGCUCUUAAAGAGUGCAGAUGUGGCACUGCACAAGACCAUUAACACAACCAAUUAUUGAUUAUCAGAUGAAUCAAUAAUCGGUAGAUUUGACUUAGUCUUCAGCAGGAAUUUGAUCUUGGCAAGGGCGUGAUUUGUUGCUGUCAAUUUGUUUGUACAAAGCACAUCUGAGCUGCGUUAUUGCACACC